GACCAAUAGACGCGCGACACGACGGCACAUUUUAAAGGGAAGAGAGAAGUGAAGUGGGUAGGAUUAGUGUUAGAGAAAUAUCUUUUAGUAUUCGGGCCGACAGUUGGACAUUUAUACAAGCAAAAUGUUACCGAAGACGAUCGUGUUGACAACUCUUCCUAGCAAAUUACCUUUAAGUAGAACGAAUAUAGAAUAUUCGGUAAAAUCGCCACCGGACGGAUGUCGAGUUUCCAUUUUGAUGGAUUCCCCAGCGAAAAUGAAAGAUAGCAAUUCGUCUGCUGACGAAGAUAUUUCUCCGGCACCGAUCAGAAAAAGACAAAGAUUGGAUCACCUGACGAACGAGGAAAAAAUGUUAAGGAGGAAAUUAAAAAAUAGAGUAGCUGCUCAGUGUGCAAGAGACAGGAAAAAAGCAAGAAUGUCGUCUUUAGAAGAUCAAGUAACAACAUUAGAAAAUGAAAAAGAAGAACUUUUGAAAGAAAAUAUACUCCUUAAAGAACGUAAUGAAAAGCUUGAAAAAGAAAAUUUAGAAUUAAGAAGGAAAUUAGAAGAAAAUUCAGUGAAGCAAUCAGNACAGAAAUUAAAAAAUAGAGUAGCUGCUCAGUGUGCAAGAGACAGGAAAAAAGCAAGAAUGUCGUCUUUAGAAGAUCAAGUAACAACAUUAGAAAAUGAAGAAAAAGGAUCAGGAUCUGCAGCUUCAUACUCUCUUGAUGAUGCAAUUCGUAUGCUUGCAGAUGAUUGUGAACCUGAUGACUUUCUUGACUUGUUACAACAGUGUAGUGAAGAAUUAUUGCAAAACUCAGUUAUUUCUUCCACCACUGGAAGCGAAACAAGUGAAAAAAUCAAUUCCGAAGAGGAAACCAAUGAUAAAAUGGUGGGGACCACAUCAGCAAAAUUGGAAUCCAUCAAAGAACUGAUUGAAUUUGAUCAUGUUUACUAUAAACAUGAAGAUGAAGAUAAUUCAUUAUCUAAUCAACAAGUUAUUUCCACCGAAAGUACACUAAAUGGAACAGAGUGUUUGCCAAUGAUAUAUGAAUGUAGCAUGGAUCUUUCUGAGACAAGCAUAAGCAAACAAAGGGAACAAGAUAAAAUGUGUCUAUCUCCUACCAAUCCAGACAUUACAAUUCCAUCUAUUGCCAUUAAACAAGAAUAUAAAGAUAUUCCUAAUCCAGUGUCACCACUUUCCUCUGAAAUUUUUGCUGGUCACUCUCCUAGUCCUUCAAUCAGUGACUCUGGCUAUGAAUCUAUCAGUUCUCCGAUUAGUGAAGUUGGCACUUUUCUGGAAGAACCUUGGUCUGACACAUUAACAGAACUGUUUCCUUCUUUAGUUUAGUUUAUUUAUCAUUUUUAAUUACUCUGUAAAUAUUUGUUUGUACAGAAUGCGUAAUCUUUCAGUGGAAAUAAAUCUUGUUGUAUGCACAAA